AUGAAGAACGUGUUCUUCUUAGCUGGUUUGCUCAUGGCGACGUUGCUAGCGCAGUCUUGUGAGGGCUCUAUGAUUCCAGAGCAUCCACAGACUGCUUUUUGCAAGGCAGAUUUUGGUACGUUUAUUAUCCUUAGCAACUUGAUACCUCCUGUUUUAGAUAUAUUUGUUUCGUUUUACUAUAGUCAACGUCUCUAAUUUUAAGAGAUUUUGAUUAGUUUGUACUCUAAAAACACUAAAGAACAGUGUUCAAUCAUUUUUUUUCUUGAGAUUCCGAAAUGGGCUUCUUCGUGCAUAACAAUUUCGUAAAGUUCUAGAAGCAUAUGGAAUAGUAAUAGCAACAUGUAUUCUUUAGCGGCUGGCUCAUAGUAUUCCGCACUAAUCUUAGUCGACUUAACACAAUGGGAACUUAUUCGUUAAGUAAACUGUCUUUGUAACGUUAGACAAUAGAGGGAUUAUGAGUGGAUUUUUUCCUUUUUUGCGAUAUUCGUUGGAUGCUUCGUUUGACAAGUUUGACGUUUCAGCCACAGCACAGAGCUCAACGUGAGCUGUAUCAACCUUUUAGGCCAGAGUUAAUUUGCUCUUUGAGCUCUUUCGCUUUUUUAAAAUCAGAAUUAACUCCUUGAGAUUCCUUUUACCAGUAAUUAUUAGAGUUUCUCUCCAAUUUUCCGCCAUUUCACGAAACAAACCCUGCGGUUAUAUUAAUUUGUGCCCGCACCGUGGGAGAACAUUGGACUUCCUGUCUUGUCAAAGGCCUCCUUGUCGUUCUUAAUCAGUUACAUGCGCAGUACCAACAAGUUCUUAGCGGAAGGCGAAUGCUUGAUGUGCGUGGUACACUGAAUUGAAAAAGCAACGCAGGAAGAAAUAAUAGCAACACGGAAAGAAAAACAAAGAGAUUGACAACAACAUUAAUGAGCUGACGAAGGUCACGUCUUGCCCUGCUGUGAAUAUCAUAACACUGGAUUUCCGCGCCGGCGUAAAAGUAUUAAACAAGUAAACGAGAAGUGAACGAAGAUAAUAUAUUUUGGCAAACCUACAACUAUUCUUGUCUUACGGGGAAACGGAUUUAUCUGCGACUGAAUAAGUUCCGUCCCUCUCAAAAAGUAAAUAUGCAAGGUUCGGUUGUAACAGGAAAGCUUAUUUCUCAUCUAUUUUUUCCGUAACGGAUUUUCCUCAGUAAUCUUGUAAUUUCUGGAUGAUUCUUCUACUGUGCAGCUGUAAAAAAUGGAAACUUUGCACCCUGGAUGUUUUCUCGCGCUUUGCUUUGCACGCAACGCGCGAAUGGAGUAAAAGGAAGAUACAAGCGGCUUUUUCGUUCUUUCUUCACGAACGUCGGACGUUUUCAAAGACUGGCUUAUAGGCAGUCUUCAGGCUAAAAAAUGCGCGUAGAGUAAGACGAUUUACAUUUCGGGAGAUUUCUAUUUCCCCUGAUCUGAAUUGGAAAGACGUAACUAAGGAAUUUAAGGCACGACACGCUUAAUUUGUAUUAGAGUAACUUAACUGAGUUUUUCACAAAACUUAAGUUUCUAAAGCGGAGAAUGUAUAUGGAAAGAAAAAUAUUCCUCUUCUUUUACAGGCCAGCACCCUUGUUACCCGGCCGUCGAUAAAACCCGGAACACGGAACAUUCCGGAACAUGCCGGAACAUUCCGGAACAUCCCGGAACAUCCCGGAACAUGAAAAAAUAAAAAUAAUUUUCAUGAAAAACAAUAUAAUGAAAUAAUAAUAAUAAUGUAAUUUUUGUAAAAAUUAAUAAUAACGUAAAAUAACAAAAGAAAAACGAAAAAUAAUCAAUUAAUCAAGAAAAAGAAACUGAUACCCUUUGUGAGUAUGAGAAAACAAUAUUUUGUCGCAACAAAUUAAAUUUUGUUGGGCGAGUGAGGGUUCAUGCAAAUGACAGUAACGAGUGAAGGUUUGCUUCUAAAUUCAAAAUAUAUUAAAAUGGGUCGCGAGGAGGGGGGGUUUUUAAGCUUUCCUCACACAGUUACCUUUUGUAAUUGUUUGCCGUGAGUUAAUUAUUUGGCGGUUAUCCAUUUACGGUUCUGCAAUGGUCUGAAAUGUCGGUGCAGUAUUUCAUGUCAAGCCAAGUCGGUAAGUAGCUCAUUUCAAGCCAACAUAUAGUCUCCUUAUUUAUAACCGACAUUUGCUUACCUGAGGUGCUUUGCUUUCUUUGAACAUGAAUUACUUACAGACUAGGCGGCUCUGUGAACUUAAAGAAGAGUAUAGGGGCUCCUGUCUUUGGAUUUUAGUGGACAAUACUCACAUUCGUAGUAGUUUCUAUACUGUUUACAGUCAGCAUGAUAUUUCAGACAUCUCCUCUAGUCGCAGGAGGAGUUUGGGGGGAGACGGCUAAAAUUCAGGCUAACUGAUAACAGUUAGAAACUACCGCUGCGCUACCACUGCCACCGCAACUAUUCACGGUGAAUCUGAAUCUUUAAUUUAAUUAUCCAAGUCCAAAGCGACAAGCCCCUAAGCUCUUCUUUCGGUCGCAAAGCCGUAAAUGGAUAACCGUUAAACCACAUGGCAAACCUUUACAAGAGGUGGCUGUGUGACGAAAGCCUGAAAACCCUCUCCUCGCGACCCAUUUUAAUAUAUUUUGAAUUAAGAAGCAAGCCUUCACUCAUUAGGGUGACCAGGGUGAGUAGGAUGACUGGGGACUGUCAUUUGAAUGGACCCUUACUCGCCCACUGCAAAAAAUUCAUUGCAACAAAAUAUUGUUUUCUCAUACUCGGAGAUGAUACCAGUUUCUUUUUCUUUCUUUCUUGGUUUGUUUCUUUAUUUUUCGUUUUUAUGUUAUGGUUAUUUAUUUUGUUAUUAUAAAUUUUUGCAAAAAUUGUUUUCUAUCUAUUGUUCCUUUUAUUAUUUAUUAUUAUUAUUAUUAUUUAGUUAAUUAAUCAUUUUUUCAUAAAAAAAUAUUUUAAUUUUUUCAUGUUCCGGGAUGUUCCGGGAUGUUCCGGAAUGUUCCGGGAUGUUCCAUGUUCCGGGUUUUAUCGACGGCCCUUGUUACCCGCCUCCAAUAAAUUGUCUUGUGUCUGCCUGACACUGUAUAAACUUAAAAACAUGCUUUAGUAGCAUAUCGCCUUUUACGACGGAUAUUUCUAUUUGUUUAACUAGAGCCAUUCUUAGCUAACAAGUUAUGGUCGGCUUACUGAAAUGAAGAAGCGAGCGAUAAAACAUGAUUAUUAGAGUCAUUUUAACCUCUCUUUUUCUUUUUUAUCUCUACAGUUGUUAGAGUAAAAAUCCUUGGUAAAGUUAAGAAAGAUAUAAGGACGCCACCACCUGCAAUAGUCCUUGGUGAUUCCUUCAUCAAUUCACCAUCCGUGCCGACUUCUCCAGACAACGCGGAUGACUCUUCUACAGAGGACUCAACUACCCCACCCGUGGGAAAGAAAAGUUCUAUACCUCUAAGCUUUCAAAAGCCUGUUGAUAUGCCACCUGGUGAAGACAUUACUGAGAAACCGUCCGUAAAGCCUUCGAUGUCUGUACUUCACUCACUACUAGGCCGACACAGACGAAGUUUAGGGCUUGGAAUACGUGGUGCCCCACCCCCUCCCCCAGCGUCCAACCUCUACAAUCGCCCUUUCAGCAGACGGGGUAGGGAUAAGGGAAUGAUGUAUUACGACGUCCUAAUCAAGAAAGUAUUCAAGGGUGGUGAUAACGUGCGAAAUACAAAAGGAACAUUUAUCGAUGCUGCUAACCCAAGGAGAUUUUUCGCCAGAAUCUACUUUUCCCCUUAUCAUGGUCAGGAAUUGGAGGCUGGUGUUGCGUAUAUGCUUUCCGGCAAAAUCAUGAAUAACGAGCUGCUUCUUCCCAACAGCGGGUGCUGGAUGGAGAAGUGGGAAGAUCUGUCUAAAGAAGAAAAACACGGUCUUCACGGAAAAUACGCAGAAAACUGCGAUUGCAGGAUCCGGUUUUGCGUACCAGGCUUCUGUGACAGGUUGCAGGCCUUUCCACUUCCUUCCCAAUGUGCUUGGGAAUUACGUAACUUCCGGGAGCCGUCAAGGGAUUGUGGAGCAAGGCAUAACUUGUGUAUCAAACAUCAAAACGAGUGCAAUUGGACAGUUGGCAAAGGAUUUGACUCGUGUUUAAAUCCAGCAGUGUUCCCUUAA